AUGAGUGCCUCAUCUGAACAUUCACAGCAUUUUUGGAAUAAAUUCAGGAAUUCAACCAAAUCGCUACAGUCUUCUUUAGCAGGGUUGUCACUAAAAGGUGAAUCUGAUGGAGAUUCACCGAACUCAACAGUAGUUCAUAAGACACUUGUGAAAUUCUACAAGAAUCAAGAGCCGUUUACAGGUUUCCCAGGCUGGUUGGGUGAGAAGGAAGAUCUCCCUGAUGAACAGAAGAUUUUGAAGAAACAGGCAGAAAGCAAACCUUCUUCGUCUUCUCAUAAUUUAGGUUCAAGCAUUGGCAAUAGCUGGAGUUCUGUAAGAAAAGCAUCAUGGGAACGUGGAAAUUCUUCGCAUAGGGAUCCAACCCAUAAGGAAUCGAAUGGUAAGAGUUCGUCUCCUGUUGGUAGCAGUGAAAGACAGCAUCAUACAUCUGCCGGUAUGUCGUUUCAAAGAAUUUAUAAUAAGGAACCUUCGAGAUCAAUGCCAUCAUCGGAUUCAAGAUCACAUCACCCAUCAAGAUCUCUAAAUAUGGGGCCUAUGACCCAGUCGAGUACAGGUUCUGAUGUAGCCUCCGAGCAGACAACUGUUGGUCCUACAAGGUCAAAUACAGCUUCUUCUUCAUCUAUGAUGCGUGAUAGAUUAAAGAGAAAUAAUACCAAAAAUUCAUUCAAUUUUUGA